UUCAAGCCUUGUGAACUUCUCCCUUCCACAAGGAGAUAAGGGCUGUUGUCUUGAGGCCAUGGAUGCUCAAGUUUACAGGGCUGCACAACUUGGUGACAUCACUCUUCUCAGACAGGUAGUGAAUCAAGAUUCUAGCCGACUUCUGAAAGUAACUCCUCAAGAGAACACAGCCAUUCACGUCUCUGUGAGUUUUGGUCACAUAGACUUCGUAAAAGAAAUGUACGCUGCGCUUCUACAACACAAUUCAAGUUUAGAAGGUCACACAGACUACAGCAGAAGCUUAUCGCUUCUCACACAAGUGAACUCAAAAGGAGAUACUGCACUACAUGUAGUGGCUAGAGAAGGUUACGCUUCCAUAGCUGAAUUUCUCAUCGAAAAGAUUCUGCCUUGGAGUUCAGACCAUGAUGUUGAAAGUGGAAUUAGUUCACUUGCUGGUGAGAAGAUAAGGAUGAGAAACAAAAGCAAAAAUACGGCUCUACAUGAAGCUGUGCGAAGAAAUGAUCUUGUGAUGGUGAAUUUGCUGAUUAGGGCAGACCCUGAUGAUUUAGGGCAUCCCAACUAUGAUGCUGAUGCAGAAGGUGGAGAGUCUCCACUCUUCCUAGCUGCUAGAGGCGGAUGCUUAAAAAUCCUCAAUCAAAUCUUUCUCAUUUGUCCAUCUGCAGCUCACAGUGGACCACAUGGCCGGACUGCUUUACAUGUGGCCGUUGUUGAGGGCCAUCUAGAUGUGGUGAAAAUGCUAUUAGAGAAGAAAGAAGAACUUGUGAAUAAAGUAGAUGAAAAUGGAAGGACAGCUCUCCACUAUGCAGCAUCCAAAACAAGGAGCCACAAGAUAGUACAGCAGUUGCUAAGGCAUGAUACUUCCAGUGUUUAUCAAUUAGAUAAAGAUGGUCUCUCACCACUUCACAUUGCUGCUCUUGAAUCAAGCAUUGAGGUAUAUCGAGAGCUCAUCCAAUGCUGCCCAGAUUCUGUGGAGUUACUGGACAAAAAACAUCGUAAUGUUCUUCAUUUUGCUGUGAUGAGUAAGAACUUACAGAAAAUCAGUUUUGCCUUGGAGCAACUAGAGCUUAAGGAAAUCAUUAACCAGCCAGAUGAUGAUGGAAACACCCCAUUCCACCUCGCGGCCAAACAAUGCUCUUUGGUUCUUAUGGGGCAGUUUAGUUCAAAUAAAAGAGUCGACCUAAAGGCCACAAACAACAAUGGCCAGACAGCUACUGAUAUUUUUGUGAACCGCAUUCCUAUAGACAGAUUAGCAGUGAUGCUUAGCUUGAGUAUGAUUAACCUGCGUAUCAGGACCACAACUCCUUUACAAGCAGACUAUGCAUUAAGUGUAAGAGGAGAAGAAAAAUGGAUUAUAGGAGGAGCCAACAAGGAGGAAAUACGGACUAGCCCGAAUAACAAGCAAGAGGAAGUAGCAGCCGCAGCAGCAAGAUCAGACAUUAUACAGCGCGAAAAGGAAAUGGGGAAAAUCCUACAAAUAGUAGCAUCUCUUAUUGCCACCGUCACUUUCGCCGCAGUUUUUCAAGUCCCUGGUGGCUACAAUAGCAAAGAUGGAAAGCCUAUACUCCUCCACAAUGGAUCCUUCCAAAAAUUUCUACAGUAUGAUGCUAUAGCUAUGGCUUCAUCGGUUGCUUCUUUGUUUGUCAUGCUCAUUGCAUCAGUUGGCACCGAUAUCUUCUAUUCUUACUCGUUGAAACUAGCUAGAAUUUUGAUAUACCUAGCGCUUAUCUGCACUUCAAUAGCGUUCUUGGAAGGCUUCAGGGCAGUAUUACCUCAUUGUAGUGGUAGUCUUCUUUGUUUUUCUGGGCACUCAAACCUAACCUUUUCAAUUAUUGCAAUCUCUAUUAUCGUUUUUAUGGUUUAUUUUCCAUUAUCGGCUGUUAUGGACCAUUUUCUUUACCCAAAAUUGGAAAAGCUAGUCCGUGAAAAAGUUUUAGUCUUGUAAAUUGUAAUGUUUAUAUUAAUGUA